UACCAACCUCAAUUGGCUGAGCAAAAUGGCUACGUAUGGUGACGAGCCAGUCGACAGCUAUCUCUAUUCAUCUUUCAACCCUUACACGAGCAGGUACCUCAAAUCUAAAGACCCGGCGUGGAAAUACAAAAGUUACAUCUCCAACCAUGGGGACAACUCGGACGCCUUUAACAACCACCAGCGCGCCCAGCUGAAGUCCAUCUUGUCUCAGAUCAACCCCAAACUCACCCCGAGGCUCAGGAAGGCGAACACCAAGGACGUGGCGGUGCAGGUGAACCCGAAGAAGGACGCCUCGGUGCAGUGCUCCAUCGGCCCGCGGACCCUGCUGGCCAUGAAGUGCAUCUGUGUGCGUAAAAGGAGACAGGAGGCCCCGGCGCCCGGCAGCCCCAAGCCCGGCGCCGUCCACUACCCCCGCACCCUGGCAGUGUACUCCCCCAUCGCCUACAGGAGCGUCACCUCCUUCAUCGUGGACGAGAACAGCAAGGGAGCACCGGGUGAAGAGCAGCCGGGGGACCCGCCUGACUCGGUGGAGGAAAACGAGGGGAAGAAGAGUAAGGCAGAAAAGCCCGCAAAGCCCGCAGGCCAGCGCAAAGUGUCCAAAACAAAGCCGUUUAAGACUGAAGAGGCUCAGCCAACAUCGGAGGAAUCAAAGGUCAAGGCGCGUGUACGCUUCCAAUUUCUGGAACAGAAGUAUGGAUAUUAUCACUGUAGAGACUGCAACCUGCGAUGGGAGAGUGCCUAUGUGUGGUGCGUUCAGGGCACCAACAAGGUGUACUUCAAGCAGUUUUGUAGAAAAUGCCAGAAGGAUUUCAACCCAUACCGUGUUGAGGACAUCACAUGCCAUAUCUGCAACAAGGCACGCUGUUGCUGUGCAGUGACAUCACGCCAUGUCGACCCCAAACGACCCCACAGACAGGAUUUGUGUGGCCGGUGCAAAGGCAAACGGCUAUCCUGCGACAGCACUUUCAGCUUCAAGUACAUCAUCUAGGGAGCUCCUCCACUGAACUUUGCCCCAUACAAACCACACAAUCCUGCAGGGUGCAUGCUCAGCCCAGGGCACCUACGAUGCACAUAAAGGGAUCUGGGAUGCAGGCUAGAUGUUUGACAUUUCAAUAGUUUAUUUCAUGCCUGUUUUGUGUUAUGAAUUGGUGGCAUGCACAUCUUGUGAAUAUAAUAAAAUGGCAACCCAGCACUAG